AACAAGCUACAAGAAGAGAAAAUAUAUAAUGUGUGUGCUCUUUAAUUCUGAAUUCUGCUCAUUCACUCUAAAAAAAUAUCUGAAUUCUGCAAAUCAAAAAAUCAUCUUCAAUUUAAUGCCUUCCAUUCUCUUUCUCUCUCCAUCUCUACCAAACCUUUCCUCCAAGUCCAACUCAACCUUCCAUUCUUACAUUCCCAUCUCAUCUUCCUCCAAACAAAAACCACCCCACAGCCCCAAACUACCAAAUAAUGCUUCAAUUCCCCACCAUUCCUUCUCUCUCACCUCCUCCGCAGAAAACCCAGAUUCCGGAGCCCGGCUCCAGCCCAUGUCGGACCCCGACAAUGGCAUUAAGAUGCCCACGGCUCCAUGGAUGAAGGGUCCUCUUGUUCUUCCACCUCAUGAAGUCCUCGACCUUUCAAAACCACCCAGAAAAACGAAGCUCCCCGAUAAGGGCAAAGCUGAAAAUUCCCAUGAUGGACUUACCGGUAAGGCUGUUGGCAUUAGAGGGAAGAAUGCGGUGAAGAACAUCGUCCGGAGCAUUGAAAAUCUUGGACAAAACGUUAACUUGGAACAAACCCGUGAAGGUUCUGGGAAAUCAAGGAUUAGGGAUUGCCUGGAACGGGUUGGGAAAGCAGCAGCAGCAGCAGCUGGGGAUUCGAGAGAUGGCGGGAAAAUGAUGCCAUGGGAGAGGGAGGAAGGGUUCGUUUUUAGGAGGAUGAAGAAGGAGAGGGCAGUGAGUGCUGCAGAGUUGAGGCUUGAAAAGGAGUUGCUUGUGAGGUUGAGAGGUGAGGCUGCUAAGAUGAGGCAGUGGGUGAAGGUGAAGAAAGCUGGGGUGACUCAAGCUGUAGUGGAUAGUGUUAAGCUCAUAUGGAAGAGAAACGAGCUUGCCAUGAUCAAAUUUGAUGUCCCUUUGUGCCGGAAUAUGGAUAGAGCUCAAGAAAUUGUCGAGACAAAGACUGGAGGUUUGGUUGUCUGGAGAAAGAAAGACACUCUUGUUGUUUAUAGAUGGUGCGAUUAUCAGUCAACCUUGAAAACCGUUCAAAAGAUGUAUCCAAAUGUUGUUGGUAGUCAAGAAACAACAUCCUUAGAUCUCAUUCCACGGAAUUUGAGAAAAGGCAACGCUAUUUCUCAAGUUAAAUCAUAUGUACAUGAAAAGAUGAUCGAUGAGAAUGCAAAAGUGGAGCUGAUGCCAACUGGAAUAAGUUUGGAUAACAAUGUGAAUUGCCAACCAACAACCAGUUCGUUGUAUGAGAGGGAAAGUGAUAGGUUAUUGGAUGGCUUGGGACCUCGCUUCAUUGAUUGGUGGAUGCACAAGCCUUUGCCAGUAGAUGCAGACUUGCUUCCAGAAGUAAUCAAUGGAUUUAGGCCUCCAGUUAGACGCUGUCCACCAAAUACUAGAGCAAAGUUGACAGAUGAUGAAUUGACAUACUUCAGGAAGCUCGCUCAGCCUCUACCUACUCAUUUUGUCCUUGGCAGGAACAGAAAGCUUCAAGGUCUUGCUGCUGCCAUCUUAAAAUUGUGGGAGAAAAGUCCGAUAGCGAAGAUUGCUGUGAAGUUGGGAAUUCCAAAUACAGACAAUGAGCAAAUGGCAUAUGAGCUCAAGUGUCUGACAGGGGGAGUUCUUUUGCUACGUAAUAAAUAUAUUAUAAUACUUUAUAGAGGCAAGGACUUCCUUCCUGGUGAACUUGUAGAUUUGAUAUCUGAAAGGGAAAUGGAGCUUGAAAAAUUCCAACUCCAUGAAGAACAUGCACGGAUUGAAGCAAUUGAAGCCCUUUCUGCUGCUGAUGUACCAAAGGCAAACACUGGAUUGAUUGGAACUUUGUUGGAAUUCCAGGACAUUCAAACAGCAUAUGGGGACCUAAGGAAAGGAAAUGCUGGUGUGAAGCUUCCAUUGGAAGCUGAAAAAGAAAGGUUGGAGAGGGAACUGAGAAAGCAAGAACGCAAGCUUUUUAUUCUAGACAACAAGAUAAAGAAGUCGGCAAAGGAGUUACUGAGGUUGAAUGCUGCAUGGAUGCCUGCUGAGGGGGAUGCUGACCAGGAAAUGCUGACUGAAGAAGAGAGAGAGUCUUUUCGGAGAAUAGGACUGAAGAUGCAUAGUUGCCUAGUGCUUGGGAGGCGUGGGGUCUUUGAUGGUGUGAUAGAAGGCUUGCACCAGCACUGGAAACACAGAGAAGUAGUGAAGGUGAUGACAAUGCAGAGACUGUUUCAACAGGUCAUGUACACUGCAAAGUUGCUUGAAGCAGAAAGUGGUGGAAUUUUGGUUUCAGUGGACAAGCUAAAAGAGGGCCAUGCUAUUAUUAUUUACCGUGGAAAGAAUUAUCAACGUUCUUCAAAACCGAUAUCUGGCAAUUUACUAACAAAAAGAAAAGCAUUAUCUAGAUCUCUCGAGAUGCAAAGAAUUGGAUCACUCAAGUUUUUUGCGUACCAAACAAAGCAGGCAAUAUCAGAUUUGAAACUCAAAUUGGAAAAUCUGCAGGAUACCAAGAAAGUUGAUUGAAGAGAACCAUAAAUUUUCACAAACCAUUAGCCAAUGGAUGUAUCGCGAAGCCAUAUCAUGAUUAUUCUUGAAUGACUGCUUCUUUAAGGAUGUAGAUGCUACAGGUCGGGAAAUUCUGUCUGUCAGUCACCAAAUCGCUUUGCAUGUAAGGCCUUGGCAUUCCAUAAUAUUAAUCUGACUGUUGUAAGCAGGCAUCUGUAAUAGCCUUUUCUCUAGGAGAUUGUUUAUUCCACGAGUCUAGAGAAAGCAUGGGACUACUUUGGUUUGACAAUUUGGCAACUUUUGAGCUCUGCUGUGAUGGCAGUUUCCCUCAUUGAGGUUUAUAUCUCUAGGAAUCGCAGUGGCGGUAGCAAACCAUGUUGGUGCAUAUGAUCUUGUUUGGAAAUGGCAAUGCAAGAAACCACCUGGAUUUUGUAGAUCAGUGACUUGUGAGUUGAAGUAGUUGACUGGUGUCUCCAUAGAUCUGAAACGUUGGGAACUGUAGUGAUGGAGUUGGGAGAUGGAAAUUAAGCAAAGUUAGAGGGUUUGUAUUGCAGGCUAUUAUGUGAAAGAGGUGCCCAACAACUUGGUUGUUGGUUGUGUUGAUUUUUAGCAUAAUCACUAAUACAGAUUCUGUUGUCGCAUUUGUUGACAAUGAGUCUAAAUCUAUUUUAUCCUAAAAUUUUAACUGUC